AUGUCCACUCCUGAUCCCCCUAUGGGGGGCACCCCUCGCCCCGGUCCUGGACCCUCCCCUGGGCCGGGCCCCUCACCCGGUGCCAUGCUGGGCCCCAGCCCCGGGCCCUCUCCGGGCUCCUCUCACAGCAUGAUGGGGCCCAGUCCUGGCCCUCCUUCCUCUGGACAUUCCCAGCCAGGCCCCUCUGGAUACGGGUCGGACAACAUGCACCAGAUGCACAAACCCAUAGAGGGCAUUCACGACAAGAGCAUGAGCGAGGAAAGCCGCUUCAACCAAAUGAAGAAUCUGUCCAUGAGACAGGGCGGGCACACUGGUAUGGGCCCCCCUCCUAGUCCUCUGGACCAACACUCGCAAGGUUACCACUCCCCAUUAGGAGGUUCUGACCACUCCAGCCCCGCUGCUUCAAACGGUCCCCCAUCGGGUCCCCUUCUGCCAUCAUCUCUAUCAUCGUCCUCUUCUUCUGCCGGUCCUGGAUCGUCCUCCACUUCCCUCGAUGGUCCAGGUGGAGAACAGCACAGCAUGGGGCCUAAUAACAGGUCUGGACCCCCUAGCAGUUCUGGACCCGGUCCCAGCCCCGGCCCCAGUCUUGGCUCCAACACUCCCAGCCUUGGUUCUGGCCUUGAAACUGCUGGUCUAGCAGGUCCUGGAGGCCCCGGUGGCCCAACUCCUUUCACCCAGAACCAGCUUCACCAACUCAGAGCCCAAAUCAUGGCUUAUAAGAUGCUGGCUCGUGGGCAACCCCUGCCCGACCACCUUCAGAUGGCUGUCCAGGGAAAGAGGCCAAUGCCAGGAAUGCAGCAGCAGCCGAUGUCCAGCCUGGGUCCUGGAGGUGGAGGAGGACCAGGAGGUGGACCAGCAGGACCAGGACCAGGGCCAAUGAGCUCAGGUUACAGCCGAGCUCAUGGAAUGAUGGGUCCCAACAUGCCUCCCCCAGGUCCAUCAGGGACUCCUGUUGGGAUGCAAGGACAAAACCCAAACGGACCACCCAAGUCCUGGCCUGAAGGCCCCAUGGUGAAUGCAGCAGCACCCUCCAAUGCCCCCCAAAAGCUGAUCCCCCCUCAACCCACCGGCAGGCCCUCUCCUGCUCCGCCUUCUGUUCCCCCGGCUGCCUCCCCCGUAAUGCCCCCGCAGACCCAAUCCCCCGGCCAGCCAGCACAGCCUACUCCCAUGAUGCCUUACCACGCCAAGCAGAACCGCAUCACCCCCAUCCAGAAACCCUGUGGCCUCGACCCCGUGGAGAUUCUGCAGGAGCGGGAGUACAGGUUACAAGCUCGUAUUGCUCAUCGCAUAGCUGAACUGGAGAACCUGCCAGGUUCUCUGGCUGGAGAUCUACGUACCAAAGCUACUAUCGAGCUCAAAGCCCUCCGACUGCUUAACUUCCAGAGGCAGCUGCGUCAAGAAGUGGUCGUCUGCAUGCGGCGUGACACGGCCUUAGAGACUGCUCUUGACGCCAAGGCCUACAAGAGGAGCAAGCGUCAGUCUCUGCGGGAGGCCCGCAUCACCGAAAAGCUGGAGAAGCAACAGAAGAUCGAGCAGGAACGCAAACGCAGGCAGAAGCAUCAGGAGUACCUCAACAGCAUCCUCCAGCAUGCCAAAGACUUCAAGGAGUACCACCGGUCCAUCACAGGCAAAAUUCAGAAGCUAACCAAAGCCGUGGCCACGUACCACGCCAACACCGAGCGCGAGCAGAAGAAAGAGAACGAGCGCAUUGAGAAAGAGAGGAUGAGGAGGCUGAUGGCGGAGGAUGAGGAGGGCUACCGUAAACUAAUCGACCAGAAGAAGGACAAACGCCUGGCCUACUUGCUGCAGCAAACAGACGAGUAUGUGGCCAACCUCACCGAGCUGGUCAGAGCCCACAAAGCUGCUCAGGCGCUGAAGGAGAAAAAGAAGAAGAAGAAGAAAAAGAAGAAGAUGGAGAGCGCAGAAGGCCAGACUCCUGCAUUGGGGCCUGAUGGAGAGCCGUUGGAUGAGACGAGUCAGAUGAGUGACCUUCCUGUGAAGGUCAUCCACGUGGACAGCGGGAAUAUUCUGACCGGAGUGGACGCCCCUAAAGCUGGACAGCUGGAAACCUGGCUGGAGAUGAACCCUGGUUAUGAAGUGGCUCCACGUUCAGAUAGUGAAGACAGUGAAGAUGAGGAGGAAGAGGAGGAAGAGGAGGAGGAGCCCCAGCCUUCAAGCACUUCAGUAGAUGACAAAAAGAAGAUCACCGAUCCCGACAGCGAGGACGUGUCCGAGGUGGAUGUCCGGCACAUCAUCGAGAACGCUAAACAGGAUGUUGACGACGAGUACAGCGGUGCAGCUUUCGCCCGAGGCCUCCAGUCGUAUUACGCUGUGGCUCACGCCGUCACAGAGAAGGUGGAAAAACAAUCUACUUUACUGAUCAACGGACAGCUCAAACAGUAUCAGAUUAAAGGUCUGGAGUGGCUUGUUUCGCUUUACAACAACAACUUGAAUGGGAUCCUGGCAGAUGAGAUGGGUUUAGGAAAAACCAUCCAAACUAUCGCUCUGAUCACGUACCUCAUGGAGCACAAACGGCUCAACGGGCCCUACCUCAUCAUUGUACCCCUCUCAACUCUGUCUAACUGGGUGUAUGAGUUUGACAAGUGGGCGCCAUCGGUGGUGAAAGUGUCCUACAAGGGGUCUCCUGCUGCUAGAAGAGCCUUUGUUCCUCAGCUGCGAAGUGGCAAGUUUAACGUUUUACUCACCACCUAUGAGUAUAUCAUCAAGGACAAACAAGUGUUGGCCAAGAUCCGAUGGAAGUACAUGAUCGUGGAUGAGGGCCACCGCAUGAAGAACCACCACUGUAAACUCACCCAGGUCCUCAACACUCAUUACCUUGCUCCAAGGCGGGUCCUGCUGACCGGGACUCCUCUGCAAAACAAACUACCUGAGCUGUGGGCGCUUCUCAACUUCCUUUUGCCCACCAUUUUCAAGAGCUGCAGCACUUUUGAGCAGUGGUUUAAUGCCCCUUUUGCAAUGACUGGAGAGAAGGUGGAUCUAAAUGAAGAGGAGACGAUUUUGAUUAUUCGUCGUCUGCAUAAAGUGUUGCGUCCCUUCCUGCUGCGCAGGUUAAAGAAAGAAGUGGAGGCACAGCUGCCAGAGAAGGUGGAGUACGUCAUCAAAUGUGACAUGUCGUCUCUCCAGAGGGUUCUGUACAGACACAUGCAGGCCAAGGGGGUCCUGCUGACUGACGGAUCAGAGAAGGACAAAAAGGGUAAAGGAGGGACAAAGACACUGAUGAACACCAUCAUGCAGCUGAGGAAAAUUUGUAAUCAUCCUUACAUGUUCCAGCAAAUUGAGGAAUCAUUUUCUGAGCAUUUAGGAUUUUCUGGUGGAAUAGUCCAGGGUGCGGAUUUGUAUCGAGCGUCAGGAAAGUUCGAGGUGUUGGAUCGAAUUCUACCAAAGCUGAGAGCUACAAACCACAAAGUGCUGCUCUUCUGUCAGAUGACCUCACUCAUGACCAUCAUGGAGGACUACUUUGCUUACCGCAGCUUCAAAUACCUGCGUCUGGAUGGCACGACUAAAGCUGAAGACAGAGGAAUGCUGCUGAAGACAUUUAACGAUCCUGAGUCGGAAUACUUCAUUUUCCUUCUGAGCACGAGAGCCGGAGGCCUCGGCCUCAACCUGCAGUCAGCUGAUACUGUAGUUAUUUUUGACUCUGACUGGAACCCACAUCAGGACCUGCAGGCUCAGGACCGAGCUCACCGCAUCGGUCAGCAGAACGAGGUGCGAGUGCUUCGCCUCUGCACGGUCAACAGCGUGGAAGAGAAAAUCCUGGCUGCGGCCAAAUACAAACUCAAUGUGGACCAGAAGGUCAUCCAGGCCGGCAUGUUCGACCAAAAGUCUUCCAGUCAUGAGCGCAGGGCCUUCCUGCAGGCCAUCCUGGAGCACGAGGAGCAAGACGAGGUCUGGUUAGGAGUAGAGGAGGAGGAUGAGGUCCCGGAUGACGAGACGGUCAACCAGAUGAUUGCCAGGAGCGAAGAGGAGUUUGAGCUGUUUAUGCGCAUGGACCUGGAUCGGCGCCGCGAGGAGGCCCGCAACCCCCGCCGUAAACCCCGUCUGAUGGAGGAAGAUGAACUUCCCACCUGGAUCAUGAAGGACGAUGCUGAGGUUGAGCGGCUGACCUGUGAGGAGGAGGAAGAGAAAAUGUUUGGACGAGGUUCUCGGCAGCGAAAGGAGGUGGACUACAGCGACUCCCUGACAGAGAAGCAGUGGCUCAAGGCGAUCGAGGAGGGCACGCUUGAGGAGGUAGAGGAAGAGGUUCGCCACAAAAAGACAACCCGUAAACGGAAAAGGGACCGGGACCUGGACCUCCCCGGACCCUCGUCCUCCUGCGGGAGCCGUGGACGAGGCGACAAAGACGACGACGGGAAGCGGCAGAGAAAAAGGGGGCGACCGCCUGUUGAGAAACUCUCCCCCAACCCUCCUGCUCUCACAAAGAAGAUGAGGAAAAUUGUGGAUGCUGUCAUCAAAUACAAAGACAGUGCCAGCGGACGCCAGUUGAGUGAAGUGUUCAUCCAGCUGCCGUCUCGAAAAGAGCUGCCGGAGUAUUAUGAACUGAUCCGCAAGCCGGUGGACUUCAGGAAGAUCAAGGAGAGGAUUCGGAGUCAUCGUUACCGUAGUCUGGGUGACCUGGAGAGGGACGUGAUGCUGCUGUUCCAAAACGCUCAGACCUUCAACCUGGAGGGUUCUCUGAUAUAUGAGGACUCCAUCGUGCUCCAGUCUGUCUUCACCAGCUUGAGGCAGAAGAUCGAGAAAGAGGAAGAAAGCGAAGGGGAGGACAGUGAGGAGGAGGAGGACGAGCAGGACGAAGGAUCGGAGUCUGAGUCUCGCUCUGUGAAAGUGAAAAUUCGUUUAGGUAGAAAGGAUAAAGGUGGAGAUCGAGGGAAGGGUCGCAGCAGACGAACGGGACGCACCAGAGCCAAACCCGUUGUUAGUGACGAUGACUCAGAGGAGGAGCAGGAGGAGGAGCGCACCCCCAGCUGCACUGAUGAGGAGUCUUAAACUGUACUGUUCUAGAAGAGACGGAGGCCUAAAAGGGACACAAAUCAAACAGCACACUAACAAUAAGGAAUUAACCUCAGUCAACCCCAUCCACCCUCAGUCAAAUGUUGAAUGGAGACACAACGAAGGCAAGCUUAGAGUACAAGUAAUGCAUAAACUAGUGUUGACUGAUGUGAAGGAGGACUUUUCUGUGCAGAGAAUAUAAUAAUAAAUUCUUAUUUUUAAUUUAAGGUAGUACCUAAAGUAUCUAAAAACUCAAGUUGCAGUAAAAUCCCUGAUAGAAAAUAAUACAAAUUCUAAUCAUAUUGUCUAAAGAUAUUCACAACCAUGGAUUUUUAAGUUAUACAUUAUUUUAAGGCAAUUACUAGGCCUAUGCAUUUGUGACUGAUUAAGUAAAACAACAAUGAAAUUUGUGAUAAAUGGUCAGUACAUAUUUAGCCAUUUACUUUUUUAAAGGUUAAAACGUCCAAAAUGAUGGCAGAAAACCAGGAGGAAACAUGCAGCCCACCGAGCACUGAGAGAUGUACGACUACUACAAUGUUUUUAAGUUUUACGUUAGAAACAGAAUUAUAUGUCUGUUACGUGAAUUAAGAAUAAUUUUAAUUGUCUAAAAAAUAUUUCAGUUAAUUAAUAUAAGCUUUCUGUUCUCUCAUCUUAGCAGAUCCCUGAGAUAAACGAGGCUUCACUUCAUUCUUAGGCCUCCAUAUUCAGAAUGUUUGUGUUGUGUUGUGGUGCGUGCGCAUUUGUGUGCGCAUAGAUGAAGAUUUCAAAUUUACGUCAACCUUUUUUUUUUAAAUAUUAACAUGAGGGGAUUGAAUUUGCUAAGUUUUUUUUUUUUUUUUUAGGAAUUACUCUAAUUAAUAUUAACGUAGCUUUUACAUGAUAUUUAAAUGUAAGACGCAAGAAUAGAAAUGAUAUUCUUGUUGUUUAAGCGCUGCUUAUGUUCUGUUAAAAUACAGUAAUUUGCUGUAAAAUUUGACUAUUUAGGGCUUUUAAUGUGCAGAGAAUUUGAGUAAAAGCUGGAACGAAUUAGCAAAGUAAAGGAUGCAGACUGUAAGCAUAAAAUAUUUGCUUUUUUUGUGAAGACACCACCUCAUUCCGCAGCUAAACCUCACUCCUCUCAUCUUUUGUAACAGUUUCUCUGGAAGCGCGACGAUUGCAGAAAUGUGUUUUUGACCAGAGAUUAGUCUUUGAGUCUGGUGUGGGCGCAGGAUGUUUCCACCCUUAUCCUAUCUUGUUUAGCAAGUCGCCACUUAUUUGACUGAGGUUUAAUGGAGCUGAGGCCAAAGGACUCAACAAAGAAGAAAAAAAACGUUCCUGCUGCUUACCUGCUCCACACCCUGUAUACAGCACUUAUAAAAGUUGAUUGUAAACAUAAAAAAAAAAAAAAAUGGUGAGCACUGUAGCUUUAAUGAGUCCUCCUUCAAUUUUUUUUUCUUUUACUCUUGUGUGGUGAUUUUCAAAAUAAAUUCAGCGACUUCCGCACUUUUGGUUUUUGUUUCCAAGAUGAAGCGCCAGAGGGACAGCGGCCCCUCUGCUCGUGACGGCCUCAUGGUCGUGUGGUGUUGGAUAUACUGUGAAGAGUAUUUCUAUGAUCAUGUCAAUGCACGUAUGUACAGCUUGCAAGCUGAGUACUGUACUUCUCUCAUUUCAGUAGGUAACUAGAGUGAACCAAAGCGUCAAUGUUUUCUUCACUGAUUUUUCAAGAUCUGUCUUUGUUGUGUUGUAUUCCUGCUGCUUGAACUGAGAAGGAAAUAAUAAACUCUUGAUGUUGUGUGA